AUGGACUCGGUGAAAGGAAAUAUGGAGGAAAUGAAGGACAAGAUGGAUCAACUCACUAGAGCCAUUACCAAUAUGUUGGCAAGGGAAACUGAGACUGACAAAAGGAAGGCUACUUCCACAUCCACACCCCAACCUGGGGAUGUAAUGCUCUACAAGGGUUUACUUCUUCAAUGGGGUGGAGCUAAGGAUGAUGCCUUUCAUCCCAAGGGGUCUACCCUAACUCUUGCUCACAAUGGGGCAUCUCAUCCCGUACAAAUACCCAUUCUGCAAGAAAACUAUGUGGGCUUAAGCCAACAAUAUGAGGAGGAUUAUCCUACGAUAAUGGUCGAAGAAAGCAAACCAAUUACUCACUCUGCUGCCACUAUUUGGAAAACAAGAACUGAAGACAAAUAUAGAGUCCUAGAAGAAAGACUGAAAGUGAUUGAAGGCUUCAGUAUCUUUGGGGUUGAUGCUAUGGGGAUGUGCUUGGUUCCAGACGUCGAUAUACCAACUAAGUUCAAAACUCAUAACUUCGAGAAGUACAAGGGAGUCAGUUACCCAAGGAACCAUCUCAGGAUGUUCGUCAGAAAGAUGGCUGCCUACAUAGUAAAUGAGAAACUAAUGAUGCAUAUCUUACAAGACAAUCUAAGUGGGGAAUCCUUAGACUGUAACAUGUAG